AUGCCUCAAAGUGGUACAGGCGUUUCCAUAGAAGCGGUCGAUCCCAAAAAUGUUGGAUAUGUUCAAGCAAACUGGACGGUACCCAAAAUGGUGGUUGGCUGGUAUCAUUCUCACCCUGGAUUUGGAUGUUGGCUGUCUAGUUCCGUCAAAGGCAAAGUAGUUAUUGAUGCUUUUCGCCUGAUCAAUCCUCAAAUGCUUAUGCUAGGUCAAGAGCCACGUCAAACCACUUCCAAUAUUGGACAUCUUAAUAAACCAAGUAUUCAAGCUUUGAUCCAUGGAUCGAAUCGUCAUUACUAUUCGAUUGCUAUUAAUUAUCGAAAGAAUGAAUUAGAACAGAAAAUGUUGCUCAAUUUGCAUAAAAAAAUUUGGACCCAUGGAUUGACGCUGCCAAACUUUACGGAACACACCGAGAUCAAUGGAAAGAAUGUCAAAUGUAAAGAUUUAGAUUUACCUUUCCUUCCAAAAAAGUUUUGUUUUUUCGAUUUGCUUAUGAAAAAAUUUCGAACGAUGCUUACAUUGGCGGAACCUUAUAAUAAAUCGGUACAAGAGGAUUCAACCAUGACACCUGAACAAUUGAAAACUCGAUAUGUUGGAAAACAGGAUCAAAAGCGUCAUUUAGAGGAAAGUGGAAGACGUUAUGUCCAAUAA